AUGAUUCCACUUGAUAAAAUUGUCAUGUGUCUCGCGAUGGUCUAUUGUUUAGUCUCUCUGACGAUUGUUGCUGAUGGUUUCGUUGUGCAACGAAGAAAAAGAAACGAAGGGAACGAUGUGGACGACGCAUUUCGAAUCCUCAUGGAAGGUCAUGAGGCGAUAGGCAAGCACGCUCACAACCAAAGAAAUCCUUACGAAGAAUUCUUUAGAAGUGACUGUUCGUUGAACAGUGGAGGCAUGUGCAGUCUUGAAAACAUGGUGAAGCACAUGAAGUUAUAUCAAUACAUCAGGAAUAAUCCGUCGUUUCCCGGGAAAAAAUGA